AUGGCGACGGCGGCCGCAGCCUCGGCUUCAGAAGCGGAGGCCGAGCCCAAGGCGGGGCCCGAGGCAGAGGGCGAGGAGGACGAGGUGAAGGCGGCCAGGACCAGGAGGAAGGUGCUAACGCGGGCUGUGGCUGCUGCGACGUACACGACCAUGGGGCCAGCGUGGGACCAGCAGGAGGAAGGCGUGAGUGAGAGCGAUGGAGAUGAGGAGUACGCCAUGGCUUCCUCCGCGGAGAGCUCCCCCGGCGAGUACGAGUGGGAGUACGACGAAGAGGAGGAGAAGAACCAGCUAGAGAUCGAGCGGCUGGAGGAGCAGCUGUCUAUCAGUGUCUAUGACUACAACUGCCACGUGGACCUGAUCAGGCUGCUCCGCCUGGAAGGGGAGCUCACCAAAGUGAGGGCGGCCCGCCUGAAGAUGAGUGAGAUCUUUCCUUUGACUGAAGAGCUCUGGCUGGAGUGGCUGCACGACGAGAUCAACAUGGCAAUGGACGGCCUGGACAGAGAGCACGUGUACGAGCUCUUCGAGAAAGCCGUGAAGGAUUACAUAUGUCCAAACAUUUGGCUAGAGUACGGCCAGUACUCAGUCGGUGGGAUUGGUCAGAAAGGGGGCCUUGAGAAAGUCCGCUCUGUGUUUGAAAGGGCUCUCUCAUCUGUUGGUUUACACAUGACCAAAGGAUUGGCCAUCUGGGAGGCUUAUCGGGAGUUCGAAAGUGCGAUUGUGGAAGCUGCCCGGCCCAUGGCUGGCUUCCUUUCCCCUUCUGACUGGGAACAAACCUUUGAUUCACAGCUGGAGAAGGUGCACAGUCUCUUCCGGCGACAGCUGGCGAUCCCACUCUACGAUAUGGAGGCGACAUUUGCAGAGUAUGAAGAAUGGUCGGAAGACCCAAUACCAGAGUCGGUAAUUCAGAGCUAUAACAAAGCACUACAGCAGUUGGAGAAAUAUAAACCCUAUGAAGAAGCACUGUUGGAAGCAGAGGCACCCAGGCUGGCCGAAUAUCAAGCGUACAUUGAUUUUGAGAUGAAAAUCGGCGAUCCUGCCCGUAUUCAGUUGAUCUUUGAGCGUGCCCUGGUUGAGAACUGCCUCGUUCCUGACUUAUGGAUCCGUUACAGUCAGUACCUAGAUCGGCAGCUGAAAGUCAAGGAUUUGGUUUUAUCUGUACAUAAUCGUGCUGUUAGAAACUGCCCCUGGACAGUUGCCCUGUGGAGUCGGUACCUCUUGGCCAUGGAAAGACAUGGAGUUGAUCAUCAAGUGAUUUCUGUGACCUUCGAGAAAGCUUUGAGUGCUGGCUUCAUCCAGGCCACUGAUUAUGUGGAGAUCUGGCAAGCACACCUUGAUUACUUGAGGAGAAGGGUUGAUUUCAAACAAGACUCCAGUAAAGAGCUGGAAGAGUUGAGGUCGGCAUUCGCUCGUGCUUUGGAGUAUCUGAAACAAGAGGUGGAAGAACGUUUCAAUGAGAGUGGAGAUCCAAGCUGCAUGAUCAUGCAGAACUGGGCUAGGAUUGAGGCUCGACUGUGUAAUAACAUGCAGAAAGCUCGGGAGCUCUGGGACAGCAUCAUGACCAAAGGAAACGCCAAGUACGCCAACAUGUGGCUUGAGUAUUACAAUCUGGAAAGAGCACACGGUGACACCCAGCACUGCAGGAAGGCUCUGCACCGGGCCGUCCAGUGCACCAGUGACUACCCAGAGCACGUCUGUGAAGUGUUGCUCACCAUGGAGAGGACAGAAGGUACUUUAGAAGAUUGGGAUAUAGCCGUUCAGAAAACUGAAACUCGAUUAGCUCGUGUUAAUGAGCAGAGGGUUAAGGCUGCAGAGAAGGAAGCUGCCCUCAUCCAGCAAGAGGAAGAAAAGGCCGAACACCGGAAGAGGGCCAGGGCCGAGAAGAAAGUGUUGAAAAAGAAGAAAAAGACCAGAGGCGCAGAGAAGCGCAAAGCAGACGAGGAUGAUGAGAAAGAGUGGGGCGAUGAUGAGGAAGAGCAGCCUGCCAAACGCAGAAGGGUUGAGAACAGCGUUCCUCCAGCUGCAGAAGGACCGGACCUGGAAGCGGAAACCGGACUCUUUGGGAAAAGCGCACCCGCAGAUGUCGCUCCCUCCUCAAAGCAGGAGAGGGUGGCUGCCCCGAAGAGGGACCUGCCCAAGGUGCCCCACGACAGCAGCAAGGACAACAUCACCGUCUUUGUCAGCAACCUGCCCUACAGCAUGGAGGAGCCGGACGUGAAGCUCCGGCCGCUCUUCGAGGCCUGUGGGGAAGUGGUCGAGGUCCGCCCCAUCUUCAGCAACCGGGGCCAUUUCCGAGGCUACUGCUACGUGGAGUUUAAAGAGGAGAAGUCGGCCCUGCAGGCACUGCAGUUGGACCGGACGGAUGUAGGCGGGAGGCCAAUGUUUGUUUCCCCUUGUGUGGAUAAGAGCAAAAAUCCUGAUUUUAAGGUGUUCAGGUACAGCACUGUCCUGGAGAAACACAAGCUGUUUAUCUCAGGCCUUCCUUUUUCCUGCACUAAAGAGGAACUUGAAGAGAUCUGUAAGGCUCAUGGCACUGUGAAGGACAUCAGGCUGGUUACCAACCGGGCCGGCAAACCAAAGGGCCUGGCCUAUGUGGAGUACGAAAGUGAAUCCCAGGCAUCGCAGGCUGUCAUGAAGAUGGAUGGCAUGACUGUCAAAGAGAACAGCAUCAAAGUGGCCAUCAGCAACCCCCCUCAGAGGAAAGCUCCCGAGAAGCCAGAAGCAAGGAAAGGACCAGGGGCCCCCAUAGUGCCGCGGCAGAUAUACGGAGCGCGGGGGAAGGGCAGGACCCAGCUCUCUCUGCUGCCUCGCGCCCUGCAACGCCCGAGCACGGCGGUAGUUCAGGCCGAGAACGGCCCUGCCCCGAAGCCAGCAGUCGCCGAGGCUCCCAAGAUGUCCAAUGCUGACUUUGCCAAGUUGCUGCUGAGAAAGUGAAUGGGACUCUGAGAAGGGAGAUGCCUUACUUCUUGCUGGCUGGGAGGACCACCUGUCACCCAGCUGUACCCUGGGUAUGGAAGGGCCCGGGCAGCGCUGCGCUCACGUGCCUCCCCGGUUUAGACAGCAGGGGACGGGUGUCCAAGGAAAGAGGCUCUACGUGUUCCCUCACAUUGAGGGUGACAGGAGGAGAACAGGCACGCCACAGGUUGGACACCGCGUGUGGUUUCUACGCUGUUUUUGGUCUUUAAGAGUGAGAUACAGGAGUGGAACUCCUUGGACACGCCGUUUUGAGACAAACUUGUCCAAAUGUUUUUGGCCAACUCAGGCCCCUUCUUAUAAGACACUUCUCUUACUCUCUGCAUAGUACAUGUGCCCGUCGCUCUUUUAAUUUUUAAAAGACAGAAUGGCAGAUACUAGUAAAUCACCAGAAUGGCCUAUUUUAGUAAAGAGGUGGGGUAGGGGAAGUCAUAUAAAAAAAUUUGAUGGAUUUUUGUUCAAGGGGACUGAGUUUUUAUAUUAUGUAUUCCAAAAUGACAUGUCACCCAUUGUUUUAUGUUUCCUAAAAGUAAAAUAUUUGUACAUUUGUUUCUAUAGGAAUUCCGUGUGCCACCUGCUGGGGCCAUUUCCUCUGCCUAGUGAACAGUGGACUGUUUUGUCUAAGUACUGAGCUUUAGCCUUUGGUUUUGUUUAAAUGUCAAGUACAAACAAAUUUUCCUCAUUUAGCUUUGUUUAUUAAACUGAAGUUCUCUGAAAAACCUCUUGCAGAAUGGUACCCAGCUGCUCACUCAAAUGUGGGUAUUUGAAAUGUGUGUACCUUGCUUCACCUAACAGAUGUGUAAAUAGAACUUUUGUA